AGGGUAAGUUACAGAAGACGAUCUCGGACACAGGGCUCCUUUGCGGACAUGUGAUCCCUCUUCAAAAUACUUCCGAGGGAAACAAAUGACUAAAUCACAGUUCCUCGGACCACCCGGAAGAACAGUGGCGCAGUUGGACUUGGUGACUUGUCGGGAAGGGCAAAAUCUGAUUGGUGACAGCUAGAUGCCCUGCUACAACACAGCACACUGAUACAGGAAGCAUUUGUGCAAGACAAAUGGCAAACAAAGGCAACAGUGAGGAAACAGGAACGCUUUCCUGUCAACUUUCAGAUGCCAUGCAGCAAGGAACUGACUCUAGGUCUGACCCAGGACAUGAUACAAAAGAGAAAAGUGAGAGUAGCAGUGAACCUGAGGAGGCACAAACAGAACAGACGACACAGAUUCCCAGUAGUUCUGAGACCGAGAACCACCCUCACUCUGGCACAGAACCUAAUAGAGAAGUGGAUGGAGUGAAAGGCAGUAAACCUGAGAAAAAAGAAGGCCCGUCAGGUGAUUCUUUGCCAGAAAAGGCACCUAACGAAGAUGAUGAGGAAACAGGAACGCUUUCCUGUCAACUUUCAGAUGCCAUGCAGCAAGGAACUGACUCUAGGUCUGACCCAGGACAUGAUACAAAAGAGAAAAGUGAGAGUAGCAGUGAACCUGAGGAGGCACAAACAGAACAGAUGACACCGAUUCCCAGUAGUUCUGAGACCAAGAACCACCCUCACUCUGGCACAGAACCUAAUAAAGAAGUGGAUGGAGAAAAAGGCUGUAACCCUGAGAGAAAAGAAGAAUCCCCUCUUAAUAUCCAAAAGCCUGAAGAAGAAGAGACGGCAAGCGAUAUAUAUGAAGAAGAUGUGGAGAGGGAUGAGAACGUCCAACCACAGAUCAUUAUGCAAGGGACGGCAAGCGAUAUAUAUGAAGAAGAUGUGAAGAGGGAUGAGAACGUCCAACCACAGAUCAUCGUGCAAUGGAAUAAUAAAAUAUUUUGGACUGCAGCAGCUGCUGUCAUUCUGUUAGCUUUGGUUUUUACAUCAUGUCAGCGUAGUCCUGACUCAACUCCACCUAUACCAAACAAGUGUAAUGUGGUGGACGUAUUCAAUCAGGAAAUGAAAAAACUUGAGACUACCUUUCCAAAUCAGCAUCCAGAGCUCUGGAGGAGGAGUCUUAUUCAUCUCAGGCGCCACCUAAAGACUAAGAACCCCACUGAACCCGUCAGCCUGAUUCUGACAUCUGGUCACAGAGCUGAAAAGACGCUUGGUUGCCUGGCCCUAUGCUUGGCCCGAGCCUUUUCUACUGCACAUAACACUUCAGUUCUGAAUAUUAAUGGAAAAAACAAAGCAUCACAAGACAGUGAUCAGGUCAAGCUGGACAUUGAUGGUGAAUUGAGAAAAGCCUUUGAGGGUAAAAAAUCUGCUGCAGUUAUCCAACGUUUUGAGGAGCUCCCUCCUGGAUCCACUCUCAUCUUCUACCGUUACUGCGACCAUGAGAAUGCGGCUUAUAAAGAUGUCUUCCUGGCCUUUACUGUAAUGCUUGAUGCAGAAGUGGAACUGCCAUCCAAUGUCAGUCUAGGAAGAGUUGAGGAGAUGGUUCAAGAGCACAUAAAACAGAAGUUUGUCUCCUCUGACAAGUCAGCUAUGUUUAAUCAAAUGGAUGUUGACAAACUAGGUGGACUGUGGAGCCGAAUUUCACAUCUCAUUUUGCCAGUGGCUGCAGAAAAGAAAAUUGAAGAGCAGGGCUGUGAGGAUUGGGAUAAAUCAUUAUGAAAACAGUUAUCACACUUUUUCUUCCCACAAAUUACUUUUAACUUUAAAUAUUAGACUCAUACUUUGGAUUCAGACAAAAAGAUAUAUAAAUGCAUAUAGGUACGUGCUGCUGCAUAGGCCUGUUUUCAUUCUUUCACACUGAAUUACAACUUUUCAGAUUAUGAAAUUUAUAAAAGGAUAAAAUGAAGGAAGUUUCCCCAUUUUUUUUUUUUAGUUCUUCUUUCUUAGUUUUUAUGUAGAUCUGUAUGCAUCUAAAUUAUGUCUUACAUUAAAGUUAUUUUUAAUCUGUAAAUGUGGUUGGCCACGGAUGAACGUGUUAUAUUUGUUGUAUGGGUGAUUUUUUUUUUUCUAC